CUGCCUUAUUUUUUCAACUAUGCUGAGGCUUCUAACAUUUUAAGCUCAAUUUAGUAGUGGUGUACUGGUGUUAGUAUUAGGCUCAUUUUUUCUCAUAAGAACCCUGAUUACUUCAAAACUAAAACUAAAAAAUUUGCAAAAUAUGUAUAGACAUGCAGGUAAUAUUUGACAUCCAAAACCAUCGCCAUGAGGGGCAGUCGAGCGGUGGAGCGGCGGAUCCUCAGCCUCCUUCACGGCCAAAACACCAGAACCCAGGUAUCCGAAAUCUACGGCCACAUUUUGCGCCACCAACUCCACCAUUCCAACCAUGUUAUCUCCCACUUGGUCUCUGUCUGUGGGUCCCAGAACAAGAUGGACUGCGCCACCUUGAUCUUCCAACAAUUUCCCUACCCCAAUAUCUUCCUCUUCAACUCCAUGAUAAAGGGAUUCUCCCUUCGUGGUCCGUUCCUCAAUUCCAUCACACUGUUUUCCGGUAUGAAGAAUCUCGGAAUCUGUGCGGAUGAAUUUACGCUCGCCCCAUUACUGAAGGCGUGCGCGAAUCUCCCAGAGGAUAUCAGGUUGGGUCAAGCAGUCCAUAAAGAAACCAUUGCUCUUGGUUUCCGUAGGUUCAACUCGAUUUGCAUUGGGCUUGUGGAGUUGUACUCGACCCAUGAGAUGAUGUCAGAUGCGGAUAGGGUGUUCGACGAAAUGCGUCAAAGAGAUGUGAUUGUGUGGAACUUGUUGGUUCGUGGGUAUUGUAAAAGCGGGAAUGUGGAAAUGGGUUUGAACAUUUUUAGGCAAAUGGAAGAGAGGAGUGUUGUUUCUUGGAAUUUGAUGAUAUCAUGUUUGGCACGAAGUGGGAUGGAUACAGAUGCUUUGAAGCUUUUCCAUGAGAUGAUCCAUAAUGGGUUCGAGCCUGAUGAAGCUACUUUGGUCACAACAUUGCCAAUCUGUGUUCGUUUGGGAGAAAUCAGGUUGGGGAAGUGGAUUCAUUCUUAUGUCGACUCUAAAGGCCUUAUCUGUGAUUUUGUGUCCGUUGGAAACGCAUUGGUUGACUUCUACUGCAAAUGUGGGGAUUUGGGGCAUGCCUCUUCAAUUUUCGAGAGCAUGGCUGGAAAGAAUGUCAUUUCUUGGAAUGCUAUGAUCUCAGGUUUGGCUUACAAUGGGAAGGCCAAACUCGGGGUUCAAUUGUUUGACACUAUGAUAAAGGAAGGCCUUUGCCCUAACGAAUCGACUUUUGUAGCGGUUUUAGUAUGUUGCUCCCAUGCAGGUUUUGUGCAAAUAGGGCAAGAUGUGUUUGCUACAAUGGUGAAAGAUUAUCAUAUUGACCCAACAUUGGAGCAUUAUGGGUGCAUGGUUGAUCUAUUGAGCCGUAAUGGACAUGUGAUCGAGGCUUAUGAUUUGAUAAAAUCCAUGCCGGUGAAACCAAACGCUGCACUAUGGGGUUCUUUGCUUAGCGCUCUACGCACUCAUGGUGAUAUGGAACUUGGUGAGUGUGUGGCUAAGGAGCUUAUUAGUCUUGAACCUUGGAAUUCUGGUAACUAUGUGCUGUUAUCCAAUAUUUAUGCAGACCAAGGCAAAUGGGAUGAAGUUGAGAAGGUGAGGGAGUUGAUGAAGGGAUGUGAUAUUAAGAAAGAUCCAGGACAAAGCAUCUUAAGAAACUUGGGGUAGUUGUAUCAUACUUUAGAUGAGAUUGCUACUUUUGGGCUUUUGGCCGUGUGAUGUACAUGUGAAUUUGUGUAACAUUAUAAUUAGGGUAAUUCAAUUGGCUAAUUACAG